AUGUCUCCCUUUAGACUUGUGUACGGUAAAUCAUGUCAUCUUCCUGUUGAGAUCGAGCAUAAGGCCUUCUGGGCGAUUAAACAGUGCAACAUGGAGAAGGAUAGUGCAGAAGAGCCGAGGAAACUUCAAUUAAGUGAGCUAGAGGAGAUUAGAAACGCAGCUUAUGAAAGUUCACGAAUUUACAAGGAAAAAACUAAGGCUUUCCAUGAUAAUAUGAUUUCUACAAAACAGCUUACUGUUGGACAGAAAGUUUUUCUUUUUGAUACUCGUCUUAGAUUAUUCCUUAGCAAACUACGUUCCCGUUGGAAGGGACCUUAUGUUAUCACUCAUAAAUUCAAGAUUCAAGAUUUAACCUCAGGAAAUGGAUUCAAAGUGAAUGGUCAUCGCUUAAAGACAUAUUACGAGAACUUUGUACCUGAGAAUGUGGAAAUGGUACAACUUGUUGAUGUGCUCCCUCUGGAGGAGUAG